CCAUCUAACCCAUGUGGACCUAUUAAUGAAAAAGACUGCAAUGGAUGAUGGAGCUAGUGUUAUCUGAUGCUGUGAGGGCCCUCAGGGGUGGUCAGUGUCAGGAGGCAUUGGAGAGAUACAUACAGGCAGCCAUCAGAUGGCCAUCAUGCAAGGACACCAUCAAACCUCACCUUCUUGAGGCUCUGUCUAAAGUGCUGGAUGAGAUGCUGCAAGCCCAAGGCCCCUCCUCCCCUCUAUUCCGUAGACUAGUGCACUCAGUACACACCCUCUACUCUACAGACCCUCUUGUGACUGCAGUGUUGGGUACCAAGUGUCUCAAUGAAGGAGCACUAAAGGAGGCAGGGCUCUAUCUAAACGCCUCACUCACGCUUGACCCCUACUGUCUGUUAGCACGUGAGAACAUGGCUACUCUGAAUCAACAACUGGUACAUCGUUGGCACUUCAAGAUGCUCAAUGACCUGACAAGGAACUCCACUUACUUCAGAGCCAUCAACAGCACAGUGCGGACCAUCCCUCAGUGUACAGUACUUGAUAUUGGGUCUGGAACGGGACUACUCAGCAUGAUGGCUGUGCGGUCUGGUGCUGAGUGUGUGUACGCCUGUGAGCUCAACGAGACCUUUGCAACCAUGUCAUGUGAUAUUAUAUCGACCAAUGGGAUGGAGGGACAAGUCUCUGUCAUCAAUCGUCCAUCCACCAGUAUCACAAUCCCUCGCACACUUCCCAAAAGAGUGUCGCUAGUUGUCACAGAAACAGUGGAUGCGGGCCUAUUGGGGGAAUGGAUUAUUCCCUCUCUGAGACAUGCAUGGGCCGAGCUUUUGUUACCAAGACAACAGGGAGCGCCAACCAAUCAGAGAGAGGCUGGUGGUCAUGUGAUCCCGUGUGGUGCUGCAGUUUAUGUGACGCUCAUUGAAUGCCCUGAGAUCAGAAAACAAACCAGACUCCUCUGUUCGUGCGUGGGUGGAGUGGGUGUGGAGAGUGUCAGACUAGAGGGCUCUUGUUGUGCCUCCUCACUCAGUGGACGCCCUCGAAGAGGAUAUCGUCCCAAUAGCCACACCCCUCUCCAGCUGGUCCGAGAGCCGUACUCUUGUGAGAGGCUGACUAGCAUCAGAGGAGGCUACAGGGAACUCAGUCACACCACCACAGCUCUACACUUCGACUUCACUCAUCCAAAAAUUCCCCUGCCCUCCUCCAGACAUGUUUCUCUCCCCAUCACAGCCGAGGGGAUAGGAGACGCUCUCGCUAUCUGGUUCACCCUCAAUCUAGACCACACCCACUCCAUCAACACCGCCCCCUCUGGGGACACCUCGUGGGACCAGGCUGUGUUCCCGUUAGCCACACCCAUCUGUGUGAGGGACGGGGGUGACCCUGUGAGGGUGUGUGCAUCAUGCACAGAUAUCAGUCUUGAAAUGAGUGUGGAGAGUGCGACUGAAUCGACCAAUGGGAUGGAGCCGUCAGUGUGUUUUGUGGAGAGGGGUGAUCUACUACGACUAAACGAUGCUGCCUACAUGAGCUCCUAUCAGCGAGCCAUCGCCAGUGCUGUGAGGAGUGUGCUUCAAGAGUGUGUGAUGUGUGAGGCUAGUGAGGGGGCGCACUGUGUAGUGCUGGAUGUCUCACAAGGCUUCUCUUUGUUUGGUCUCAUGGCUGCUCUGGAAGGUGCUGACUUCGUGAUGUUGUCCCAGCUGCCACUCAUGUACCACUCUGCUGUGAAGGAGAUCAUCCAUAGCAAUGGACUUACAGAGCAGGUCUCUGUUCGGUACCGGAAUGGAGCUGAGCUGGUACGGACUGGAGUAGUGUGGGACGUGGUGGUAUGUGACCUGGUCAGUCCACAAGGAACAUUGCACACUGGCAUACUGGAGGAGCUGGAGGCGUUGUGUUCCUCCAGCCACUCCCCCUUGUUCCUCCCCUCCUCCAUCUCCCUGUGCAUGGUCCUGAUCUCCUCCCCUGCCCUCAGGGCAUGCUCCUCUGUCCUCGGUACUCUACCCACCCUCGGCUUUGAUGUGGCCUGUAGCAUGAAUCACUACCAGGUCAGCCACUACACUGACCUUGAUCUGACCUCCGUACUCUACACUCGUCUCUCCGACGACACCCACGUCUGCACUUUAACCUCUGGGAAAGCCCCUUGCAAUAUGGAUCAUAUGUUGAGAGUGAGGGUGACUGAAGAUGGUACACUGACUGGGAUUGUGUACUGGUUCAGAAUGCAUCUCCAUGGCGAUAUCACCGUGGAUACUGGACCUACAUGCAACUCUGGUCACUGGCACCAGAGCGUGUUCCUGCUAUCAGAGGAUGUGCCUGUAAGCUAUGGAGAGGAGGUCAAAGUUCAUGCAGUCGUCAGAAACAGUUGUGUAUGGUUUGAACUGAACAAUCCCCUGUCAUCAAGCUAGCUAGUUGACUCAUUACAGUUAAUGGUACUGUUCAUUGUUGCUCAUCCAAUUCAAAUAAGUUAUUAUUGUCAACAA